GAUUAGUCAGUUAUAUUGUAGACGUGUACUGCGUGAUAUCAAAGUCCUAGCAUGUUCAUAUAACGCUUAAUUAUAUACUACUGAUCUAUUACACGAGUCCGCUUUCGGUGGAUUCCUUCUUAAUGAACUUUGAUCAGCGUGAGACAAUCUUUCGCGGUAAGAUAAUCAGUUCAAUCUCUAUACAGAUGAUUAGUUCAAUCUCUAUACAGUUGAUACCUCUUUGUUGAGAAAGAGAGAGAGAAUUCUGACUCAUUCACACUUUGUGUCAUACUGUUUUUGACAGUGUAUAAACGAAAAUCGAGCGAAACGACGUUCGAUUUUAUUAAAGGUUAAAGGGAUGCUAUCGAAAUGGAACUGGAUCAUUUUUAAUCUUAUUGUCUGUGUAACCACUGCUCCGCUGAAUGACAAUCUCUUAAAAGAUGAAAUCAAAGCUUUUUUACAAUUAAUCGAAUUGGAUUAUGAAGAUGCAUGUUAUAGUACUGCCAAUGUUCAAUGGUCAUUCAUUACUUCACCUUCGAAUAAAACAUUAUCAAUAUGGGAAAUGCAACAAUAUAAUGAUUCAAAGUCUAUCAAAACGUGGAAAAAUGAGGCAAUUAAUAAAAUAGAGGAUACAAAAGAACGACUCGAUCAAUCUCUUCAAUAUAAAUAUGAUAUAAUUAAAAAACCAGGUGAUAUACUGUUGAGAGACAAAGAUUGGGAAAAACUUAUACAUUUUGCUGGUAUUAUGGAACUGCAACCAAUCAUUAGUCAUACAAAUAAAUCACAUAACUAUUCACGAGAAGAUGUGGAAUAUUUUCUCUCUCAUAGUGGAAAAUUUGAGGAUAAACAAACUGUCUGGAAUAAUUGGUAUCGUCAAUUAAUACCAUUAGUUACAAAUUAUUCAAACAAUUUGCAACUUGUUACUAAGGCUGCAAAAGAAAAUGGUGCCAAAACUGUUGAAGAAUAUUGGGAAAUGCUGUCAGGAUAUUCUGAUGGGUAUGAUAAAAUAAAUAAUGAAUGGAGUCGAAUCAAUAAUCUUUAUAAGAAGAUCGUAAAAUUCAUCAGCAUGAACUUAGCUCAAAAGUAUGAGUUUGCUAUAAAUGACACACUUCCUGCUCACUUACUUGGUGGCUUACAAAGAUAUGACUGGACAGAUGUAUCAUCAGAUGUGUUACCGCAUUCAGAAUUAAUCUAUGAUAUUAAAAAGAAUCUUUGGACUAAGAAAUAUGUUGGAAAAUCUCUGUAUAAGACUGCAUCCAAAUUGGGCUCCAUAUUAUUGAAACAAGUUCCACAAGCAGAAUUUUGGGAUAAAAGCGAAUUCAACCAAAGUUGUCCUUCUAGAUUAUUAAAUUUCUGUCAUGAUGGUACAAUGAGAGUGUCUACUUGUUCGAAAGCCACCAUGAGCAAUUUCUUGAGAGCUCACGAAGAUAUGGGGAAAAUUCUAUUUAAUCAAAUGAUUAUAGAAAGCACUCCUAUUCUUAAUACAAUUAACAGAUAUUCAGGUUUAGAAGAAGGCAUAUCUACAUUAUUUGGAAUAUUAUCAGUGAGUCCUGCAUGGUUGAAUCAAACUCAUUUGAUGAAUGGUACUAAUGAUAAUGAGCAACGGAUGAUUGUAUCUUUAAUGCUCACCGCCUUGAAUGUACUUCCACGAUUAGCAUAUUAUUACGCUGCUGAUCUGUGGAGAUUAAAUGCAAUUCAAGAAAAUAUUACUGAUCCUGCAAACUUGGUAUCAUCAUGGUGGAAAUACAGGGAAGAAUACGAAGGAAUCUCUUCUAAUAAUAAAGAUAAUCCCACUUUCUUAGAUGACAAUCAUAUUAUUAUGAAUAAACCAUAUCUUCCCAAAAUUCUCGGCAUAAUGGUAUCUUUUCUAUUAUAUGAAUAUACUGUAGAUUCGACUGAAGUUAGAUAUAGUGAAAUUGAUGGAAAAUUAAUAAAUGGCAAUAUAAUAAAAAUGAUUCAACAGGGUGGAGCCCUUCAUUGGCAAGAUAUUCUGGACAAAUUCAUUAAUAUAGAUGAUGUAUCUGUAGAUGCUCUUAUUUCUUACUUUACACCGCUGGAAGAAUUUAUCGAAGAAAAUGAAAAAGAGUUCAAAUAUAAAUCUGGAGCAAUAGCAGAUAAAGAACUUCAAGAAUUAGAAAAAGAUGUUUUGCAAGAGAUUAAUGCUCCUACUACUGUGACACCACAACCAACUAAUACUGUAAUCAGUACAGUAACAAAAGCUACGUCAUCACCAAAUAAAAUAACAAGUAAUGCGAAAAACAUGCAGGCAAAAGUAGAAAAAUCUUUAGAAACUAAAUCUUCUAUGUAUAUUCGAGAAGAUAAGCUAAAUAAUUCUGACUUAAACUCCUCGAACAAAACUUCUUUGAAUAAAUCAUUAACGCUUGAUGCUUUCGACGAUACACAAGAUAACACACAUCAAAUUAACACUAGCAAAGCAGUAUGGACUGUCAGCUCAGUUCUUGUAGCGAUAGUAAUCAUUUGUAUCAUUGCAAUUUUCGGAAGACGAAGAUGUCAUAAAACUCCAAAAAAUAGACGAUAUGUUUAAUAGUGUAUGUUUUUGUUAUUAAAUAUAUUUAUUUCUUGCAUUUAGUCGUUAAGAAAAUUUGAUCAUGUAAUUUAUUAUCACAAAUAGUGUUUCUCUUUCAGAAAGCUAUUCUGUAAUUAAUAUUGGAACAGUAGACGUCACGCAUUCCUUAUAUAAUAUUACUUGUAAGCUACACAUAUUUGCUAUAUAUAUUUUAUUUGUCAAGCGUCAUUAAUAAUUACCAUGCUUUUGAUUACAUUUUUAUUUCUAUUUUUUAUUCCUUAAGUUUUACCUAAGCUAAAUUUUCAGCUAUGUUUACUAUUUGUUUGAUUGCAUAAAUCUUAUUUUUAGGUUUAUAGUCUAUCAAUUAAUUGCAUAUUCCAAUUCUAUAAU